AUGAACCGGCAGUCCGUGGCUUCCGCCCGGGCGUCCAUCCUAAAGGGGAGCGGAUCGGGUGCUCAGAGCUCGAGUGCCGCCGCUCGACUGCUCGAACAGAAAAAGGAGUACGAGGCGCUAGAGAUCCUCGAGCGCUUAAGCCAAAGCUUUGUGAGGCGCAUCGAACAGUUAUGCGAGGAUAGUGAAGUCAUGGCAGAUGCGGCUGUCGUGCAAGGACGCGUGCUGGCUCAGUGGCCUGAAGCAUUCCGCCUCUUGAACAUGUUCGUUACAGUACAAGCAGAAACGCUUCGCUCAUCAAAUGCGCAAGAAACCGAUGCUGAACUUACCGUGCCCAAGGGAGAACGACUGUUCUACUUUCGCUCCUAUCCCGAGCAUACUUGGGCUCUAUUCGCAUGCAUCUGGGUCGUCACUAUCGGAAACGCAGCAGAAAUUAUCCUAUGA